UCGAGACAUUCUGCAAGCCUCCACCUGACACCUACGCACAGCUCAGGUGUGUUGAAGCAGAGGCACAUCUAAAAGUUGCAGUCGAGGCCUGGACUUGAGGAUCACUGCUCAACAGGGAGGAGGCCCCCCAGUAGGGUAAGGAACCAUGUCUCCUGUCUACCUUCUCGUCAUGCUGGUCCCUGUGAUCUCGGCUCAGACUUUUCAUUGGGGUUGCUGUCCUACUCCAAAGGUGCAGCCCAACUUCAGCCUCCCACAGUACCUGGGUAAGUGGUAUGAGAUCGAGAAGCUGCCCGCUUCUUUUGCCAGAGGACAGUGCAUCCAAGCAAAUUAUUCCAUGAGGAAAGAUGGGACCAUCCGUGUGUUGAACUCUCAGGUUGAGGAUGGGGUAAGGAAGUUUUUAGAGGGGACAGCUGUGGUUCCACACCCACAAGAACCAGCCAAACUUGGAGUCAGCUUCUCAUAUUUUACACCCUAUGGGCCAUACUGGGUUCUGGAGACUAACUACACCAACUACACCAUCGUGUACUCCUGCACAGACAUUCUGCGCAUAUUCCAUUUUAACUACGCCUGGAUUCUUGCACGGUCGCCCUCCCUGCCUCCAGAGAUGGUGCAUUAUGCCAAACAGUUGCUGACUGAUAAUGGAAUCGAUAUUUCUAAGAUGACUCCGACAUAUCAGAACUGCGGGGAUAUCUAAGAACUGACACACGUUGAUUCAUUAAAGAAGGUGUUUUGCUUUUUGUAGAAUGACUUCAUCUCUUACCAGCUGCUAAAUUGCAGCAUAUCUGUUACUCUGUCCCUGCCUUUUAUUCACUCUUCCAAGAAAUUUUGAAAUAAAGUU